AUGGCUGGUAGGCUCAAGUAUGAUAGCGAGGGCCUCGUCAUGCCCUUGCUCGCCUCCCUGCUUCUUCUCUUCGUCUUCACCCGGACGGUCUAUCCCACCGUUGCAGGAGGAGACGCUGGCGAGCUUGUCACCGCAGCCUUCCACCUCGCGGUGCCGCAUCCUCCUGGUUAUCCCUUGUACACUUUAGCGGCGGCAGCCACCAUUCAGCUGCUCGAGCCGACGGGCUGGGAUGUGGCGUACAGAGUAAACCUGCUGUCGGCGGGUCUUGGGUCCUUGACAGGAGGGAUAAUGUACAUGACCCUCGCGUGCUGGCUGAAGAUGGCCUACCAGCAUGAACUCUCCCAAUCAAACUCGAAACAAGCACCGGGGCAGUUUGCUCUGCGUGUGAUGCUUCCUGCCUUUGUGGGCGCGAUGGCGUUUUCCACCAAUGAGCAUGUAUGGCAUGCGUACACGCAUGCGGAGGUGUUCUCCUUGAACAACCUUGUGUGUUCAUGUAUCCUGUACUCUCUUGUUCGAUUCUAUGAUUCAUCCAGGAGAGGUUCCAACUUGUUUCUGCUCGUCGGGGCGUUUGCGUGCGGGGGGGCAGGAGCUCACAAGUUUGUAGGUACUCCUUUCACUUCCGGCUAUCAUCGGGGUGUUUUGCUCGCGGAGGUUUUCGAUGUUCCAGUCCUUCCAUCACACCUCAUCAUGAUGCACUGCAAGGUUUUGGGGGGAGGGAUGGACGUCAAGACUCCUGCUGUCAACUUGUGGGUUCUUGUUUGGACUGCUGCCUUAUCUAUACUUGCCUUGGGCUUCGGCAAAUUCCCCAUGGAGAUCCUGGGGUGGGCGAGAAGUCUCAACACCUUCAUCUGCUGCAAGUGCUGGGCCGUUUGGCCUCAGGUCGACAGGUCGAGCCUGGACUUCGUCAGGCGAUACGUUGAAAGCGCCAUGAAUUCAGCGCCUCUGCUCUCCGUCAUCUUCGUCCACGGAGACAGUCAGAUGUACGUUGCGAGGUACCUGCAGGCUGUCGUGGGACUGCGCGAAGACUUGUCCAUCAUCGAGCCGAGUAUGUUGUCUGCGAGCUGGUACGUCGAUGAACUCUGCCAGUCAAACCGGUCGCGCUUCGCUUGUCCACCUGGAAUUUCCGGAAAACUCUCAUUAGCGGACGCAUUGAGCUUCACUUUUUCCACUUCGCCACGUCAGCAAGUCUUCGCCUUCCCUGACCUUUCAGGUCUCAAGGAUCUUUGCGUCGCAGAUCGACCAGGCUGCGUACAGGCGCUCCCCUACGGCCUCAUGAAGAGGAUCCUUCCCUUCGGUUGGCCCUGCGAGGGGGGUGAGGGAGGACAGAGAGAGGAGAAGCAGGGCCGCUGCUCCUGGCAGGAAGUGCAUCGGACAAGCCUGGCGGCUCUGUACAAGGGAAAGUUCCUGGCUGAGCUGCUGCGAGUUGGCGCUGCGGUCCCCUCCAUCCGCUCCAACACCCUCAUGCGGCUCCUUCUCUCCCUCCGGUCAGUCCGGGCAAGGAAGGCAGCAGGCGAGCUGUUGGACUAUGAGGAGGCGAGACGAGGGUCUGCCACGGUCUCCGUUGCUUUCCUGGAAGACAGCUGGGAAAAGGCUGUCCUCAAGUCCGUCUGGACGUCUCUGCUGUCGGAGGGCUUCUUCCUGUUUAAGGCCUCGAGCAAGCAGCACGGGGACAGCACGCAUCGUCCCCUCCUCGCAGCCAUCGAGCGCUUCGAGAACCUUCGUCGAGCACUGAGAGGCCGAAGCUUCAACUCCGACCUGCCGAGGAACCUCGGCUUCGCCUACCAAUCGCUCUCUUCCCAGCUCAAGGACUCUGAAAUACUGAACUCGAGCAUAGCUUUUGUAGAGCAGGCAACCGUCGCAUCGUUCUCAGCCUUCCUACACGCGCACAAGGAAGAGGAUCAGAUCUACAAGUACGUGGAAAGGUAUGUUCUUGGCAAUCGGGGCGAAGCUGUCCUCAACUUCGCCUAG